GCUAAGAUGCAUUUGCUUUGUUAUUGCUUUUAUCACAAUGUUUGCUCUUGAGUGCACGCAGUCUACGCUGUCGACGAAUCGAGACAGUCGCCGGCUACACAUCUUGGCACUUAGUAGCUUCUCUGCUGUACUGCGCAACGGUUGUCGCUCGGCGUGGGUGAGCAGCGAACGAACAGGCAGACUGCACAGCCUCAACCACAAUCGACCCACAAAAGCCGCAAGGUAAACGAAUCGGACACAGCGUUGGUAACCUGAGCUCUCAAGUCGAAGACAACAGAAAUAGACAGAGAAACGUUUACUGUGAGGCGCAGUUUAGUUCGUUAGGUUGAGCAGCGGUCAAAGCACCUGGAAAAUGUUCCGCGCCACGGAAAUCGGCAGCGAAGAAACUUUGCCUGCAUUAGCGGAACUCACACAGAGUACGGCUGAAUCAUUAUCAGAUUUUAGAGAGCGCGAGAAGCUAAGAAAGCCACGCAUCUCAUUGCCCAACUAUGGAUUUGCACCCAUAUCCAACAUACGCCUCGAAUACAAAUACCCACGCGCCGUCUGCUUUAUACUGGCUACGAAGUUCUUUGAGGCCUUUGCAGCAAACGGCAUGCGCACGAUCCUUGUGCUCUUUUUGCGCGAUGAUCUUAACUUCACGGAAAGCUUCUCCACGAUUGUGUUGCACAUUUUUAACUUCUUUGGACAGUUCUGUCCAAUUGUUGGAGCUAUGCUGGCGGACAGCUAUAUGGGCAAUGUGCGGACCAUAUCGGGAUUUUGUUUUCUCUAUGGCUUUGGCUGGUUAUUGCUGACGAUGACAUCAGUACCAUAUUUGGGCAUGUCUGUGACGGCUUUUUUGCUGGUCUCGAUCUCCUUCAUAGCGGUGGGCAAUGGAUCUAUACGGGCGUGUAUCACAUCGCUGGGUGCGCUGCAGUUUAAGCUGCCGGAACAAGCAGUCCAUUUGGCCGAGUACUUCUCCUUCUAUUAUUUUGUUUACUACUUCGGCAUAUUCUUGAGCAAAAUUUUGCCACCUCUGGUGCGCGCCAACACGCAGUGCUUCGAUAAGACGACAUGCUAUCCGGCUGUGUUUGGUACGCUGGGCAGUUCCUUCAUGGUCGCAUGGAUCAUCUUUUUGAUUGGCAAAUGCUUUUACAAGCAGGAGAAACUAUUUGGAGAUAAUAUACUCUUCAGGUACUGUGGCUGUAUUAAGACAGCAUUGGUGCAGAAGUGGAGAAAUCGCAAGUCUGCCAAGCGAUGCAACUAUUGGCUACAAAAUGCCAUCGGGCCAUACGAUGCGAAUUUUGUGAAUGAUGUAUCCAAGGUGUUGCGGAUCAGCAAGUUGUUCAUCCCACUACCCGUUUACUUUGCCCUGCUCGCACAGCAGGACUCCAGCUGGACCUUUCAAGCAACCAUGAUGAAUACGACAGUGCUGGGCGUCACCAUUGAGCCGGAUCAGGCCAAGGCCGUUGGGCCUGUCUUUCUCUUUAUGCUCAUUCCUCUUUGGCAAUAUGUGACAGUUCCGAUUUUGCGGCGACUGUUAAACUGGGAGCUGAAGCCGCUGCACAGUGUCACCCUUGGUGGCAUUUGUUCAGCUGCUGCAUUUCUCUGUGCCGGCAUUCUACAAGAUCGCAUUAUGGAAUCGCCUAUUCAGAGUAUAAACGUUGCCUGGCAGCUGCCUCAGUUCCUGCUGCUGAUGCUAGGUGAACUGCUGUUGUCCAUUCCGGGCUUACAGUUUGCGUUCACGCAGGCGCCGUCAUCCAUGAAAUCUGUGGUCACAGCUGCUUGGUUUUUAAAUAAUGCCUUUGGCAAUCUCAUCGUUGUAAUAGUGACCCAACUUGAUGCUCUAAGCUCUCAAAAGGCCGAGUACUUGUUCUAUGCCGUGCUAAUGCUGGUCUGCAUUAUAAUUUUUACCCUUCUGGCCUAUGACUAUGUACUACAGGAGCGCAAGGGCUAUAUCCAGACAAGGGAUUUGGUUGUGCUGCUGCCUAAUGCGACGGACAAUAUACCUAGCUCCAGUAGUCGGGGCGGAAGUGUGUAGUAUUGGCUGAAAACCUUUAAAAGUAUAGGUGAUUGCACAGCCUAGAAGUGAAAUAAGUAUUUAAAUAUAAUUACUUGUAAUUUAUUUGCACACACACCACCUAGGUCGAAUGACAAAUGAAUA